AUGAAUGUAACUACGACAGUGAAAAAGCAAGACCUUUUUAUGCAUACCGGGCUGGCCGUGGCAUGUGGGUGUGGCAUGAGGCUAAGUCGCGACUCCCUAGGUCGAUGCGCUCCCUACGACUCCCUAAGUCGCGACUCCCUACUAUUAAGUACAACAACGGUUAAAAGAAAAACAUCUUUGUUGACCUAGCAGGAACGUUUGUAUUAUGUAAAUUAAUUUCUUUUCUAACGCCACCGGGACGGUACCUGGGUGGCGGAAUAGCGACGUCUUGAUUGUCAAAAGACGGUGAUCGCGUGCACGUCCACUCUGAAGAGGAAUAAGAAAAGAUAAUUUACACGAAUGUCAAUGGACAAGCACGAGAAUGAUGAUGAUGAUGAUGAUGAUGAUAAUCUCUUUUCAGUAUGCAGAAGGCCAAGGCUUUUUCCGCUCACCUUCAGGAGCGCACACGCAAUUCAUUUUCUUGGUUUUACAGUACAUACUUACAAGUUUUUGUUUUCAAAGUAGUAGUACUAUUUUGAAUCUGUAGCUCUGCGUAUUUUCCUGUUGUCGAUCUACCGAUCGGGAUCCAUGGAAAUCGCAGAAAACAGCACUAAUACAGGAGAGGACAUGUACAAUUUUGGAAAACCAAAGGAAAUAUAAAAGUUAACUUCUACUUUGAGGAAACCCGAACCCGCACGGAAUAGAGGAAGAUGAAAGAGAUUGCGGACUUGAUUUGUGGCCUGGAUUUUAGAUCGGAUUUUACUUAGAGGAAAGAGAAACAGGAUAUUUCGGUGAUGCGGUAUUCUUUUUUCAUCUUUCUACUCAUUCAGAUGAAACAAAAUGUACAUGACAGAUUCCGAGCGGUGUAUUAGUUCCCAAGCCACUCGCACUACUUCAAGAACUCCGUGCAUGAUUUUGGGUUCAAGCCUUUCCAAAUCAUUUUAGGCGUGACAAGCGAACUGCAAGGCUAUGACACCCUCGACACGCCCGACAGCUGUACCGAAUCCGCACUACAAUGAACGAAAGGCGCGCAUCAGCUACAGCGUGGCCCAAGGCGUGGCCGCUGCUCCCUGGGUGCGAGUGCGCUCUCUUUUCGUGCACACCCACCCAAAGGAGACAGAGAGAGUACCUCAUCC